AUGAGCGGCCCUAUUAGCAUCGGCUCCGAGUCCGAAUGGAGCAGCCUCCUCGCAGGCACUAAUGUGGUUAUCGCAGAUUUCUACGCCGACUGGUGCGGCCCUUGCAAGGCGAUUGCGCCCACUUUCGAAGCUCUCGCCAAAGAACACUCAGCCCCGAAGAAGGUUGCUUUCGCCAAGGUCAACGUCGAUAGCCAGUCCGGUAUUGCGCGAGCCCAGAGCGUUUCCGCCAUGCCGACCUUCAAGAUCUUCCACAACGGCACUUGCAUCGAGACUAUCAAGGGCGCCAACCCUCCUGCCCUGACAGCGGCAAUCAAGAAUGCUGUCAAGCUCGGAGGUCCUGCUACUGGCGAUGUGUUUAAGACUCCUGGCAGAACACUAGGCGGUGAUUCGCGAUCGGCUCCGUUGUCGAAGCAGUGGAAUGUGAAGGGUAUCUUUGAUGCUUUAAUAACGUUCUUUGGACUAUACUUUGUUUCUUUGUUUUCGUUUGAUCCCUACAAAUCGGCAGAGAACAGCCCAUUCAACAUCCACCGAAAGCCAGCACCGAGAAGCACUGGUGGCCCCAGCCAAGGGGCUGGAGGUGCUAGAGCUCCUCCACGAUCUUCUUUUAAGACAUUGGCAGAUCUGGGUGGCGAUUAA